CGAAUGUUGAUCCUAUGGCACUGAAAAUACCAGCAUUAAACGAACUUCAUCGUCGUGAAAAUAUAACGACGGGAACAAAGAGCUCUAGGGCUAGUAAAGCAAUGUUUACACGUGAAAACAAGCAGUCAUACCGCCUUCUCAUUUUCUAACUUCGGAUUAAGGAUCGACAGCUCCUUCGACUUGGCAUUUCUAUUCAAACCACACUGGUAGUAACAGCACUUGCACAAUUGCCCAAUUCCCUGUCUUGUCAGAUAUGUGGCGUCUGUCAUCUAAUUUUGGAUAAUCAUUGACGAAACCGGGGUCCAAAACACUGUGCAUUAGUUGGAUGGAAGGCUCCUUCAAUUCAAUGCUGACAUCCCGUUUGGUUUUGGGGGCCGUUUUCGGUAUCCUUGCGCGAAAGAAUGCGGCAAUGGCGUACUGUAUCCGAACACCACCAUGGACCUACCUGCAAUGGUUAACUGCACACGCCACACAGCCUAUCAGUGCCUUGACCAAUACAAUCUACGGAAUGAUGAAUUUCUGACAGCUAAUGCCACGGAUAACGGUACUAUUUCUCUCAAAUGCGAGGAGUCAUUUUACGACUUUAAAGUCGCCGAUAAUGGUGGAUUCGAUGGGUCGCUCGUGGUCCCAGGCCCUGUCAAGCUCAAGUCGGUUUCUAUUCAGGGGCAAUUGAAUCGAGAGGUCGACCCUACGAAUCUCAUUACGAUCGACUUCCCGGACAUAGUUAAUAUUACAGGGCAGCUUAACAUCCAAAAUGCGGACAAAUUGUCAAGCCUUAAGAUGCCGAAGCUCGAAAUUGUCCUUGGAUCUCUCCACAUAGACCUCUCGGGAGGACCAGGCAUCAACCUAACAUUUCCAAGCUUGUAUUCUGUUGGACCAGGACUGUUCAUAAAGGGAAACGUUACUGGCCUCGAAUUUCCAGUCUUAAGCCGGGCGAAUUUCAUCACCGUAGAAUCAACUGGGAAGCUGGAUUGCACAGCAUUUGUUGCGAAUGUUGUGAAUGCGACGGAUCCGUUUGUCUCGUCGGACAGUCGAAAAGAGGCGGUAAUAUGCAAGUCGGAUACAGGGUCUGCCAGUAUGAGCCUACCGAGUGACUCUGAUAGUGGCGGCGGACCCAGUUUCCGUGCGAAUAUAUUGCUGCUAGCAAUCUUUGUUAGCUGUGCGAGCUUGUUUGUUUAGUUGCGAGGAAAAGACCGGUAAGCAUUUUCAGUCUCACAAGAGCGUUGUAUAUAAUUUUGGCUAUGAAUGAUACCUUGAUUCUCC